CAAACUCACCUGAAAGAACCUCGAGUCAUUUUUUACUUUUCCAACCUGUCAAUCGACCCCACCCCACCACAAUCUUCCCCCUCCAUCAUCGUCAUACUUUUACCAACCACCAAAGCAAGCUCUUGCUAUCGAGAUUCACAAGCUCAGGCCGUCGACUGUUCCUGUGUCUACUUCCCACCAAAGCUUAACCAUGGAGCUUCCCUUUGUUACUCUCGACGUCUUCACAAACACUCGAUAUCGAGGAAAUCCCCUUGCCGUUGUCACGAUUCCCGCAGAUAGAAAUAUAUCAGAGCCUACGCAAGAGCAAAAACAAAGAAUUGCCCUCGAGUUCAAUCUAUCCGAAACCGUUUUUAUCCACGAACCCCGUCCUGAUACCGAUGUCGACAGUGAUGUCACCCGCCGAGUGAUCGACAUUUUUACAGUCGACACAGAGAUCCCCUUUGCUGGGCACCCAACUAUCGGCGCCGCUGUUACCCUCAUCCCCCACGGUGUCAAUACCGUCGUUACUAAGGCAGGCCCAAUUGCUCUCACACAGACCCGCCCUGGUUAUAUCCAAGCUGCUAUCCCGCACAAUGUUCGUCGUCACAGAAAGACUCUUGCCGAUCUGUCUGCCCCGGUCGCUGCCCAAAUAUCCCAGGACCCUGCGAUACGCGAAUCCGAGCUCCAGGCCCCGCUAUUCAGUAUCGUCAAUGGCAUGACCUUUGCGCUCAUCAAACUCCCGGAUCUCGAGCAUCUGGCCAAAGUUCAGAUGAGCGGGGUAAACUUGUCUGUGGACGAGCUUCUUGACGACGGCUGGCAAAACGGCCUCUUGCUGAAGUACUACUAUGUUGUCAAUGGCCAGCGUGAAGACGACGGCAUGACCGUUUAUUCCAUCCGCUCGAGAAUGAUGGAAGCAUCCAUGGAAGAUCCUGCUACAGGCAGUGCUGCGAGCGCGCUCUCUAGCUAUCUUUCGCUUCAACAGUCGAGCCUAGGUGAUCAUGGCUUCAGAUAUGAGAUUGACCAGGGUGUUGAGAUGGGCAGGGAGAGUAAUAUUGUAGUUGACGUUGAUGUAAAGGAGUCCAAGAUCGCCACGGUCAAGCUCUCAGGAACAGCUACUCCAGUAAUGCGUGGUCAUGUCACCAUCUAAUCGAGAGAGGUAACAUAUUACCUGUUCCCAACUGCUCUAUAAACCCAGGACCCAAUUGUUAUCACGUAUUUAACCAAAGGGGCAGUAUUCCAAAACCAAUCAUGCGCCUGGUAUGUUCUUCCGACAACAUCGUAACGACUAUCGUACAGUGAUACAGUAUUACUGCAAUGUGGUAUCGGCCUGGAGACAUCCUCGCCCCCCCAGACGAGUCUGCCCCAGGGCCGCAGUAACAC